GGCGGAAAAGACGAACGCUUUGUACGCAGGUCCAAGAAUGCAAUAAAAGGCAUGUAUAGACACAGAAAUCUUGAUUGGUUUUUGCCAACAAAAGGUAAGGAAAGCAAUGGUUUUUCAAACCGAAUUGAUGUGGCAGAGUCCUUAGACUAGGUAUGGUAUGUUACUAUAAAACUUACAAAAAAUAUCGAUCUGGCCCCGCUUGUUCAAACGUUGGACAGCGCUAUCCACCGGAUAAAUCACUUUCCAGCGGAUAAGUAUUAGGGAAACUAAUUGCACUAUCCGCUGGUUAGAGAUUUAUCCGGUGAAUAGCGCUAUCCAUCUUUUGAACAACCGAGGCCUGCACUAUUUUUUUUUGCAUGGGUGCGUGCGCGCAUGUCGCCCCGGCAUGCAUGCGUUACAGGUGAAGAAUAAACGAUAUAACCCGGGGCUUGGUCGUUAUGUCCUCUAAUAUACAUGUACUAAGCUGUACCACGCUUGCUGCUGAAGAAACACCGCCAAUACGAAAUUAUUUCAAUAUAAAAACAGGAAACCAGGCCACCUUUUUGCAGCCCAUGGCUGGCUUUCUAUAUUAUUUUUACCUGUGUUAACUAGCAGCCACCGCAAAUGUAAGAAUUAUAUAUCAUAGAAUGAAUAAUGAGAUAUUUUGGUGAUGAGCUUCAGGGCUCGCGUGGGCAGUCACUGUUUGUUAGGCCACCAGGAUGACAAAAAGCACUUAAUCAAAACAGUGAUUAUAUUUUAGCUUUACCGGUUCACAAGUUAGCAACUUUGUUGAAAGGAUAGAAAUUGAAAGAUCAGGGCACAUUGGGGCCGCCCUGGUUGCCUCAUUGCUUGGUUGACACAAAGAUUAAAUAAAGUGUUAAGACUAUCAAAAUUGUGUUCUGAUUGGAUACCCGAGUGGGCAAGAUGGGCCCAAUGAGAUCAAUAUCGAGCCAUCGUGACCGAAGGAGAGAUUAAAGAGACCUUUUGUUUCUUGCGGGACUUAUGCAAUCUCGCUCCCAUGGUCCUGAAAGUAUUGAUUUAAGCCCAAAGUCAAAGAAAUAGAAGCUUUCAAAUUUUCUAAUUGACCAACUCAAAAUAAGCACAAAAAUUAUUAUUAUUAUUAUUAUUAUUAUUAUUAUUAUUAUCAUCAUUAUGAACGCUCCACGUUCUUAGACAUGAUGAAUGACAUUGGCAUUGACAAAAAGCAGCAAGAAAAUGAUAAAUAUAGCCAUUAGAGCAACAUAUUACAUCUUUUGUUGUAGAAGUAGGAACCUGGAUAGCCCAGACUUGAUGCAAUUCUGAUUUUUGUUGUUGUUGUUGUUGUUGUUUUUGGUUUUUGUUUUUGUAUUUUUUUUCUUUUUAAUAAUGCAAUCUCAAGCAGCAUUUGUAAAUUGCCUAUACGUAGCGAGAUUUACAAUUGUACCUUCAAAAAACACAAAUAAAGUUUCCAUUAUUAUUAUUUCAUUAUUAUUAUUUUUUUUAUAACUAGAGCGUUCCUCUCUUUAUCACCAGCGCUAAUACUAACAACGUAGACCGCUUGCUUUUUUUUUUUACUCAAGUAGACGUGCAUAUUUUAAGGCCCACAUUUUACUGGGGGUAAUAAACAACUCGCUUUGACAAACAUUUUGUCAAUGUUAAUUAAAGUUUUUGUCAGAAAUGAAGUAGUCCCUAGAAAAAUACUAGGCUGAAAAAUUAACUGUAAAAAAGACCACAAGCACUGAAAAGCGUUAAAAGCUUGGAACUUUUUUUAAAAAAUAAGCAUCACUCUCCGAAUUACAUCUGCUUUUGGAGGGCAACUGUCUAACAACAACAGAGCAGCUGCAAUAGUCUUAUCAUGUUCGUUUCAUAAUUUGACUGGCUCGCAGAACAAUUAAUUAGCCCUUGAGCUGUUAAUAUGCAUGACUGUGACUGUGAACUUUUUAAUUUUCUGCACAAGUCAUUAGCAACAACUUUCAAGUUGCGGCAGCAAGGAAAAGACGGGAACAUGUAUGUUCCCCUUCAAGUUGGCGUUUUCUUCCUACUGUUGUUUUUCUCAAAAGUUGCCUUCGCCUGCAUUGAUGGUAUGUGUUGUAACUUCAUUUUGCAAGGGGGGAAGAGUUUCAAUCAAUCGCUGCAUCACGAGUUCCUGGUCGUGAAGAUGUUCUCCAGCGGUACUAUGAAAAUUCUGCUAGUCUACUUAAAAAAAAUUUAGAAAUAGAAUAUUUAGACUUGCAAUAUCUAGACACCUUCUAUUCAAAUGCUACGUACGUUAAGGGUUUGCAAGAAAAAUAAAAAAAUAACAGAAAAACGUUACAAAGUAGAGUCAUUCGCUAAAAUGAUUUCAUAUUUUAUAACAUUCUUCGUUUGAGCCGAAAAUGUUUUUCGCUGAAGGAAGCUUAAGUGUUGCGUGGAAACCCCCGCCCCACGCAUGCGAGAACUGUACCCAGUGUGUACCAGGUGCUUUAUCUACAAGCCCAUAUCAAAUUUCUCUCCGGCAUUCGCUGUUAAAUACAGUAUGAUGAAGUUUUUAAGCUAAGUGUUGAAGUGUAACUAAAGAAGACACUGCGAUUCGUAGCUAUUUUCUUGUUUCUUUGAUUUAAAGUUGUUUUUAAAAUAGGUGUGUUAAAGUUUAUUUCUUGAUUGCUUUUAUUUGAUUAAACUGUCUUGGACGUAUUUUUCAUUUACUUUUCAUACGUAUUUAUUUGAGAAGCGAAAUUUUACUUUGACUACGUUUGAUAAUAGCAAUAAAAUGACACGAUGAUCCGCUAACUUCAGUUCAAGCUAUUCCUAUUUUUCGUUCGGGAUGAUUUGCAGCCUAAGUUGGGAUCAUUUACGGUCGAGGAUCAUUUGCAGUCCUUUCUGGGGAUCGUUUUGGGGUAUUGUACGAUUCAGUUAACCCUCGUACAAGCCCCCUUCCCUCUGAGGUUUUUUGGAGUUUUUUCGCAAGACAAUCAAACAUCAGCAUCUAACGUUUUCAGUAGCUGUUCGUUUAUGUCUCGCACGCAUUUUGAGACAAGUUUACUUAUGGUCAGUUACUAUGGUUACGAGAUAUGACGUCAUAAGUAGCAGGUGGUCAAACCAAUUUUGAGUAAAAAUGAAUGUCUUUUCAACUUUUUUCAACAAUAAGAGUAAAGCUUGUGUAUGCUAAGAUGCAAAAUGCUCAUUUAUGUGUUAUCUUACUCGUCAAGCACAAAAAAAUACCAUUUAUCCCGGUUACACCGAGCUCCAUGUCCUAAUAUAAGUGAAAACUCGGGGAAACAUUUUAUUCUGCAGGGAAGACGAUUAAUGGAAACUGACAAGAUAAACAAAUCCUUGAUGCUGCCGGCAGCGAAAAUUGCAUCACAAUAAGUUGACACAAAGGGUGCUUCAUUUGUUAAACAGUUCUGUAUCACAUUUAUCUUCUGUUGGUAUUCUUAAAUUUCCAGAUACAGAAAAUAUAUAAAUUCUAAUAAAUCUAGAGGAGGGAAAAAACUGCUAUCUUUUUUUUGCGUAAGGCAGACACGCUUAUGCAUGGAACACAAUAACAAGUUUAGCCCAUUAACACAAGGAUAUUGAAAUUUUGCAACAGCUUCCCGUAGUUGGAAAAAUAUUGUUUGCUGUCCGUUUUUUUCUUAUUGGUUGAAUACUGAAAGCUGUCAUGACAUAGUUCUCUAUUUAAAGCCGAGAGGGGAAAAUUAAUAGGGUCAUCCUGCUUUGUCUAUUCCUUUUCUCUUCUUUUUUGGGCCUUUUUUUCUCUAAUUUCCAGAAGCGCGAUUUCAUUCUCCUAUUGGGAAUCAUAAAAUUGGGCCCGGGUUACUUUCUAUAUAUAACUAAAAGUUUACCAAUAGUCAUGAAAACUCCUUCAACGUAUAAACGUAUUUUAACAGUUAAGCUGGACAUGGCAUUAAAUAAUUAAGAAGAUAACCACGCGAUUUACAUACAUACGUCAUUUGGCAGAUGGAUUUUAAAUGUAUUUCUUGAAAUUGUCUAUAAAUAUAUUUUUACAUGGACCUUUUAGUUAUACGCCUCCGUUUGAACCAGCUCAAAUUUCUCUUUGUGGCUGCAAAACCGCAAGAUAAAAACUAUUUACUGUACCACUGCAAAGGUGGACGGAUGUUUCGUUACCCCUUAUCCCUGUACUGCAGCUUAGUUAGUUCACUGUUCCUAUAGUACCGCGUAUCUAGUUUUUCAAAGCUUUUUUUUCUUCGGUCUGUAACGUUUGAUACAAUUAAUGCUUGGAAGACAUAUUUGUUUGCAACGAAGCGGUGAUCUUGUCAUUCACAAGUAAGGUCUUUGCAUAAAAAUUAAUUUCUUUUACUAAUAUGGAGGUUGCAAUAUUAACAACAUGGGAAGGACUUCUCGUAAACAACAGUGCAACUGGAGUUCUCUUUUCUUCGUUGUUAUUUUGGCUGCCUAGAAGUAGAACAAUAAAAUAUUAAUUGAUCUGUUAAUUUGCAUGACAUGACAAAAAUUUCUCAUUUUGCACAUGUUAUUAGCGGAAAUUAACUUGCAGUAGAAGGAAUUAAGCAAAUUAAAGUUGAACAUGUACGUUCCCCUUCAAAGUUGGCGUUUUCUUCUUACUGCUAUUUUCUUUAACGGGUUGCCUUCACCUGAAUUGAUGGUAUUGAUUCACGUUUUUUUUUUUUUUUCACAUCACGAGUUCCUGUAAAAAAGUACGAGUUGCAUGAAAGACAAAGAAAGAAGAAGAUCGUUUAAAAAUUUUUAUCUAGGCUAAGUUCCUUUUCUGUUUAUGUCUUAGUUCCAACCUUGUCAUUCGGCUGAUAAAAUCGUCUUAAGAGAUAUUUUCACUUGAUUGUUUUGACUUCCUUAGAAACGGAAUGACAAGAAUCAAUAUUUAAUACUAAACUAAGGGUAAUUGUUUUAAGUCAUUCUUUGGUCCAGGUUAAGCAAUUGCAGAUUCAGAUAAGAACUGCAUAAUAUUCAAGAAACGUCCGGACCUUUUGGCAUUCUUGGGUAAUAAAAAUCGCCUUUAUUGGAGUAAAGACAGUUAGCUAUACAAAUGUAGUAGCGUUAAAGCAUAUUAAAAGAGAAGAAAUCGUCACUUUUCGUUGACAUGCGUUGCUCAAAAACGUGUUUGCCUUUAAGCUGCCUAUUGCUAUGAUUUUGAUACCUGUAUAUAGGUAUAUAUAUAUUCAGUCAGGUAUAACAAUAUUAAAACUGGUGGAAUUUAAGAGUGACCCUUCUAAGACGCCCUUUUUCUAGUGCAAAUUUAAGUGCACUCGUACUGAGAUUUAUACAGAUGUAAUCGGGUAGGUCUUGUCUCAGCACUAAAAUAGUGACAACUAACCACCCUCGAGAUGUAUAUUUAAUUUCGAAAAGCAAAACCCGCCCGAAACUGUUUUGACAAGGUUUUGCAGAAUCUAUAUCACUUGUGAACGAACAAGUUAAGCAAAAAAGUGUGAGACAUAAAAAUGUGAGUUUGCAUGAUUUAGAACUGCCACUGAAAAUCCGACAUGAUCAGAUAGUGUGGUUUGUGGUCAAGGAAUUCUCCUGUUUGAUUGUUUAAAAUGGGCAUAUAUAUACAUUUCAAUCUUCAUUCGCAAUUUUAUUGCAGUAUUAAACGGAACGAUGUGUAUGUGUCUAAAACUUAAAAAUGUCAGAAUACUCAGUAUGUUUAAGGUAAUAUUUCCUUACCCUGACAGCAUUGAUUGCUUUCUCGUUUGGGUCUGUAGAUCGAGAUAUAUAGACGCAGGUUUGCAGUUUUUAGCUUUGAAAUCACCGUGUCUCCUAAAUAAGUAUAAUCAAAAAAAUGUUCAUUUAACGUGGCAAAAAUAAUCUUAUAUGCGUGGCGGUCAAACGUUUAUUCACUAAGAAUUCUAUGAAGCCACCCCACAGAUUUGACGACAAGCGAUCAACAUUGCCAAAUACGAGUGCAAAGUUGCACUUGUAAGUAAAAAAAAAAAUACCUCGAUGUAAUUAAUCAGUGAAUAUGUUCUUCCUUUUUUGUUUUUCGACACUCCUGAAUGUAUUAGUUUCUUACACAAAGGGUAAGUAUAUAUAGACUGAGGCAAGUUGUCUCGAAAACUUAAAGAGAGAUACUAAAAAUAUAUGGUUUUAAGGAUAGCGCGUCCUCAGAGCGGCCCUUCUACCGUAUCCUAUAUCUUAUUGAAAUAUAGAAUUUGUGUUUUGAGUGGAAGGGAAAACAAUAAACGCGAAUUAACAACAAACUUAGCCCAGAUAUGGCUCGCCGUGCAUUAAACUCCUCAUCAAGACCGAGGCGCUUUCUCCGCGUCGAUCUGUUGCAAACAAAGAGUAGCGGCGAAGCUGACUUUAGUUUUAUACAAAAGGUGUUUAAUUACAGUUUCAGAAUUCGCUGACUCCAAGAUGUCCCUGGCAUUCUUCACAAUUUGUCUUAUAUCCCAGAUGCAUGGAAGUGAGGCUGUUGGUGGGCAAUGCAAAACUUCAGAGAGAUCAGUACCUGGUAAAGCUCUCAAGGGUCACACCUUCAAAGAGUUUGCAGCGAGGGCCAUUGUUGAGUGCCAGAACACCUGUGAAAACGACCCCAGGUGUGCGAGUUACAAUUUCUACAUUCCGGAUAAAGUCUGCGAGCUAAACAGCCAGACCAAGGAAACGAGACCUGACGAUUUUGUGACAGAUGAGCUGAGGUUCUAUAUGAGACGAGAGGGUACGAUGUAUUCUGUCUUUUUAAGAUGCUUAAGACUAAGUUUUUUACACUGUGCUGCAAAAUGCAUCCGGUAUGAUAUGAUCGUUAACGGCACUGAACGGCACAAAUCAUUAACAACUCGAUGACACACAUCGAACAUCGCUCCGCGGAGCGUUUGGUCGAAAGGCUUCCACUCUAAAGAUAAGUGCGGCGCAGCUUCGCUCAGUUACAGAAAUUGCACUGAAAUCACCGUUCUCACGUGUCAACAGAAGCUUUAUCCGUUAGUAUGGUUUUCUUGUCUGCGAAAAAGCUAUCCGCAAUAGUGUGAGCAUAGUCUAAGACGUAACUCUGCUCUCUCUAAUUCUCCGGAAUUGUCCCUUCUAUAUCCUAUUGGAAAUGUAAUAUCGAGUGCAUGUGAAUGCCAAAAUACGAUAACAAUGAGGUCUGCCAUAUAUUGGUACUGUCAGUAACCUGUACAAAAAAAUCGUCCACGCAGAUAUGCAUUGCAUAUUAUAUUUGAAUUUAGAAAAAAACUCACAUUUAUUAUGUCGUCUGUUUAAUGCUAUUUGUAGAUGAUGAUGAGUGCUUGAAGACGCCACCAGUUUGUGACAUCAACGCAAACUGCAAGAACACGCUUGGCUCUUACCUUUGUUCUUGUAAAGAGGGUUUUAAAGGUGACGGUAAAACAUGUCAAGGUAAAAUUAAAAAGAAAAAUGGCACUAUACAGGAAAGACCACAUGUUACUUAUUGGAGCAGAAACUUUUAUAGUGCGAGGUACAACCCUCAUCCCUUUAAUUUCCAACGGUCAUCUUAUUACAAAUAAAAAAAAAAUUCCUUACUUUUUAUUUUGAGGUUAACAUGAGGCUGUUGGGAUUUCGUUUGUGAACUGAAUUUUUAUUUUAGUUACGAAUAAUCAUAAAUUAAUAAUUGCAGAUAAUGAUAAUGAUAUUGAUACUGCUGAUGAUGACAAUGAUGAUGAUGAUGAUGAUGAUGAUGAUGAUGAUGAUGAUGAUGAUGUUAAAGAAACAAGCCAUGAUAUAAAUUACUUUUCCAGAGUGUGAUCUAGAAUGAGAAAAAGGAUGUGCUUAAAACACAAAGUAACACAUUAAUGUACUGGUUGCUAUAGCCUGUUUUUAUGAAGCAGAAUUUUUAAAAGCUCAUUUAUUCUAACAUUGUAAUUCAGACGAAGACGAAUGCCAGAUCAGCACUCACAACUGUAGCGACAAUGCUAACUGUAUCAACACCAAAGGUUCAUUUAACUGUAGUUGCAAACCAGGGUACAUGGGAGAUGGUCACAACUGUUCAGGUAGGUCCUGCAAAAUCUUUUUUCUAUUUUCUUUGAUCAAUUAAAAACUUUUUGAUGCCCCCCUACCCCCACCCUACCCCCCCAAAAUAAGACACAGACAAACUGUCGAGGUAUCCAGGUUUCCUAUGCGUCUUAAAACCCCUUUGAAUUGAACAACACAGUAGUGAUCGUACUGUCUACUUCUUUAAUUGGCAAAAGAGAGAGAGAGAGAUCCGGAACAGAUUUUUCAAUUCUUAGAAAGUGGCUUAAAGGGUGGAAAAAUGUUAAAGUCAUUCUCAGUCACACAAGUUCUUGCACUAUUUUACUUUGGAUAGAAUUAUUAAGGUUCAUAAUAAGUUUGGUUAUGGAUUUAUGCAGAAGCUCUUCUUGGCGGGUAUGAAUAAAGAAACCACAUCAGUUCAUAUAAACUAUAACCACAGAUCACGAAACGGAGGGAAAAUGUACGAAAAUAUAGACCAACGCUGAAUCACUGGAUCUUUCAAAAUGCAGAUCAGCAUGAACAAUGUAGCUCUGUACCAAAACAAAAACGAGCAAUUAAUACAAAACUGGCAGUGCUCGGGCUGAUGCAUGGUUAAUACUCAUAUCAGCGAAUAAUCUACUUCCUUUGGAAAACGCCGGUAGUCUCUUAAAGACACUACUACCGCGAUUUCCAGUAAUAUUUGGAAUACCCUAAAAACGUUUGGUAUCAAUCUACUUAUCCAUCCGUCCGUCCGUCCAUCCGGUUAUGAGGGAGUUGAAGUUGCGACGUUUUUGAAUGACGCACAUCAACCGGACGUGGACUUUUGCACUCUUGAGCCGUGAUUUUAAACAAAUUUUUGCGCAAAUCGUCUCUAUAAAGGUAAAGACUCUUAGUAAUACAAAUUUGGUAGCGUCAUGGCAAUUUAAGCUCACUUCCGGUUGACGUGCGUGGCUCAAAAACGGCGCUGCUUAAACUCCUUAUUAUAUCCUUCCGCCCAAGAUUAUCCCAGAAAAAAUGCAUGCAGUUUUAUCUCGAGUUCGAGAUAAAACUGCCUACAGGAGAUGGAUACAAUUGUAAAGGUACAAUUCUUCGCUUCUUUAAAAUUCAUUUAACACAUUUUCGCCUUACUGGGAGGUCACUGAUGUCAUGUUCUGAAAUCAGUACAAAGAAUGGAAUGUGUUUUCACCGUAAACUAUAUAUUUAGCAAUUAUUCCUCGAGCCCGAAUGGGCUCUAAGUCAGUAGCCUCAGAGGCAAUGAGGGUGAGAGGAAUAAUUGUUUUAGUAAAAUCCAAAUAGUUGGUCAAAAAUAUCGAGACAAAACAGCUUUAGCUAGCAAAACGCGAUUCAACUGCCGUUGGUUUGGUUUCAAAGCCGGCGCUUUUUCGUUACUAGUGGGCUAUAACAUAUAGCCUAGGAGUAGCUCAACCAAGCAGAACGCAGCAUUAUAAUAGACCACUAGUUGGAUUUUACUAUAAUUAUAUUAUACUGGUGGCUAUAUUAACUACCUGUUUGUUCAGGCAGAAUAAAUUUAAUAUUUACUUUAAUUAUCAUUCAGACUUAGACGAAUGCCUGAACAUCUCUCACAAUUGUAGCGAAAAUGCCACCUGUACCAACACCGAAGGGUCCUUCAACUGUAGUUGCAAACCAGGGUACAUUGGAAAUGGCCACAACUGUUCAGGUUGGUUCUUGGAAUUCCUGUCUUUCUUUCCGUUAUUUUUGAAACUUCUGGUUUAGUACAAAAAGAAUAAGGGAUCAGCACUGUACUAUGAAUUAUAAUUUGCAGUAAAUUAUAGGAAAUUGUUACUCGCUUUUUUUCAAUAAUAAUUUCUAAUCAUUUAUUUAUUCAAUUACUAUUUAAUUAGUAUAGGCAAUAGCAUGAUUAGUAGUGAUAUUUCGCAUAAAUGCCACCAGUGAUAUUUCGGAAUUGUUAUACGUAAUUUCACGAGCCGUUAAGCCAGUGAAAUUUGAGACAAUUUUGAAAUAUCAAGAGUGGUAUUUUUGCCAAAUAUCACGUACAAAUCAUGCUAUUAUUUGUUUAUACUACUACCCGCAAAAGGUUUGUAAUUUUCUCAUGUAGGUAUUUCAAAUUAAGCUGAAAUACCACUGCUUUAAGCCAAUCAAAUGUAGAAAUUUGUCAUGUAGUAGUAUAACUUAUUCUAACAUAUAUCUCAGUCGUCACGUAUUUUGGAUAACGUCAGAACUCAUGUUUGCAUCAUCUUGUAAGGUACAUCCUCGGCUAACUUUUAAACAACGCGGAAAAAACGAGAGGGAGUAAACUAUUAAUGCCCCCCAUUCUGUACUUCGAUGGCAUAAAGAUAAGAUGGUUGAUUGAGAAAAGCAGCAGCCAUUAAUGAUCGUACUUAUCCUUUUAUUGGAAAAAAGAGAGAUAUGGAGUAGCUUUUUCAAGUCUUACGGCCUGUUUACAUGGAGGUGGGGGAUCCCAGGUAGGUGAAAAAUUCUUAGUCACUCACGUCAAACAACAAACCAGUUUUACUUUUCUACAAAAAGCUCUUGCACAAUUUUACUUUGGAUAAAAAUAUAAUGGUUCAUAAUUCGACCCAUAUUUGAUUCCUGCCAAGUCUGGUUGUGGAUUGAUAAGUGCAGGAGCUCUUCUUGGCCAGUAUGAAUAAAGAAACCACAUCAUGAGUACAUGUAAACACAGAUCACGACAUUAUUAACACGGGGGGAAAUUGUAUAUGUAGAAUUUGUACGACCAAAUUUGUACGACCAACGCUGAAUCACGGGAUCAUUCCAAAUUCAGAUGAUGUACAAUGUAACUCUGUCCCAAAACAAAAACGAAUAAUUAUACAAGACUGGCAGUAGUCGAGGUGAUGCGUGGUUGAGACGCACAUCAGCGAAUAAUCUACUUCCUUUGGAAAAUGCAGGAAAUUUCUUAAAGAAACCAUUACCGCGAUGUCCUACAGUCUUUGAACUACUCCAAAAAAAUUUGGUAUUAAUCUACCCAUCCGUCCGUCAAUCCCUUUAUUUCAUCCUCCAGUCCACGAUUAUUCCAGAAAAAAAAUGUAUACAGUUUUAUGACCUUUUUCUCGCGUUCGAGCAAAGAGAACACCGUCCUAAUCAGUUUUGCUAAGGUACUCCUUUGUUACUCCUUUGUUAUUUUCCGCUUUCAUUUUGAAAAAUCGACAUAUUUUACAUUCUUUCAAAUUUACAUUUCGUUCAAGAUUAGUGUUGCGCUGUUGCGAAACUUGUGCGGAAACCUCGACGAAAAGUUCGUCAGCGAUCAAUCGAGUCGUUUGAAAGAGAUGUUCCAGGGAUGCAUAUGGGUGAGGUGUUGUUUAGACAAAAUUUUGAGUUUUCUCGUGCAGCAGGUCACUUUCCCGCCAAUGCAGCGCGCGUCUCUCAGCCGUGAAGGUCUGGGAUAUAAUUGAAAACAGAGCAUGCGCAGCAAUCGUUCACGGCUUCAGCAGGUCGCGGACAACGUUUUAGUGCCGUUUAUACGAACACUUUCACGUCCAAGGUAAGCCGUGCCUUGGAUAAGCCCAACCCAGAACUUCUCGGUCAGGAUAAGCCGCGGCUUGAACUAGCCGUGGGUUGAAUAAGCCGUGAACGUAGAUUUUGUACCAUUUAUACGGGCUGUUCGCGGCUUAUAUAAGCCGGGGCCAGAGUAAGCCGUGGCUUAUUUUUUCUCGUAUAAACGGCCCUAUUGUCUCACCGCCGGGUUGAAUUUUCAUGUUUUUCUUCCUACAAAAUCGUCUCUUUUAUUUUCAAUCACUCGCCCUAGCUCUUUCUCUGUUAUCCACGUGAGUGUAAACAUCAAAAAUAACGUCGAAAAAGACACGACUUUAUUGUUGUUUUUUUUCUUUCUUAAAGUCCGGGCGACCAUGUGAUUGCGUUGCAUUUCGGUUGCCAUACCUGUUGAUUGAAUUAUUUUACAUUGGUAUGCCUGUGGUGCGGACGGACUCUCGGGCGGUCGGUCGGUCGGUCGGUGUAAAGUCACGUGAUUACCAAAUUUUCUCGGAUGGGUAGUUUAUAUACCACAGUUUCUUACCCAUGGUGCUCCGCUGCGCGCUUCGCGCGCGAGAGCUCCUCUAUUAUACUUUACAUUGUCAGUGCUUUCAGCUCUGUAGAGCAAGUGGAACCCCAUAUCAAUGAUUUCAAAGUUCGCUUAGCUGGUAGCGUUAAAAGAAGAGGAUAAAUGACGGGUAUUUGUGAGAGACUGAGCACUGAAUCUUGUUGCUUUAUCGCAUUUUAAUACUGUACUGGACAUACACCUGUAAUUCUGUAACUAAAUCCCAAACACCAAUAAAAGGCUUCGUUUGAUUAUUGUUUUGGGGUAAACCCGGUGGAGAUUUUAGGGUAAUAAUAUUUUUAUGGUUAAGAAGAUAACAAGAGGCAAGUAUAAUUUUGCCAGUGGUUGUUGGGUGUGAAUUAGAAAAGUUUGUGGUGUACUAGCUUAGUCCCUUUUCUAAAAUAUAAUUCGGGACUAAAGCUUACAAUAUAUAUCGAUCCAAGUGCAUGAUCAGCAGGGUCAGCAGUACGAAUAAAGAAAACAGCCCAUAAAGAAAAAUAGGGCUAAAAAACAAAGAUUAAACAGAAUUGAAAAAAAAACGAUACAAAGAAACAGAAAAUGAGGCGUCGCCGAGAGUCGAACCCAGAGCCACAGCAUCACACUGAAACACACACGUUUUGAAAAAUUAAUUUGGUUAUAUCAAAACCAUUUUUCUAAGCCAUAGACGCUUUUUGAAGCUGGUAGAGCUGUAUUUAUCAUUAAUUCAUUUAUACAUUUGAGGAAAAUUAGUUUAAGCGCGUAUUUCAAAGCCAUUUUGCAUUUUUUCCAGUUCAACGGGCCGCUCGAUGUAGAUAAUCCAUCAAACUAGCUUUACUAAAUAUGGUGGUCAAUUAGGAAAUCAACAGAGGCCCACACUCGAAAGGAUUGAUAUGAAGUUAGGUCGGUUUAAUUAGCAAAAGAAUAUAUGAAAUAUAACAUGUGUGAUCUGUGAAUGGAACCUCCUAAAGCUCACACACUUACGAUCAAAUUAGCGAUAUUUGCUAGCUUCUUAGCUUUUUCUCGACCUCGCUCGUCCUAAAAACUGUGGUAUCCCUUGCUAAUUUGCAAAAGCGACCCGAGGCUCUUGCCCAUUACUAUAUGACGUCACACUGGCAGGUGGAGUGGGUCAAGAUAUGACUGACCAUCAUGGCGGCGGCAACGACAGAUAUUGCUCCGACUGAAAUCAAUCCACAUUUGGUUUUUAACCCUCAAAAGAAUCAAUUUCAAUGGAACGGUGACUUAAAAACUUUACGAGACUUCUGGAUCGCUGAACUGGAAGGAGGAGAUGAGAAUAAUUUAGUGACCGUAAACUCCAACGGUAACAUAGAGGUGUAACCGUUAACUUCUAUUCCUCCACAAAAACUUUACAAGUGCAAGGCUCACAAAAGGAUCAGUGUGUAAAAAAGCUCCGGAAUAUUGUCGAAAAAGGAACUAAAUCUCAAGAUACUCUGAUCGAAGUAACGCCUAACAGUAGAAGUGCUGAGAUUACUGAACCAGUGUUGAAUUUGAAACCAACAAGUGAUCACGAUGACCGUUAUGAAAAGUUCAGGGCCUUCAUCAAAGAACAACGCUACUUUAACAAGAAGAUUGAAAGUCAUAUUUCCUCUAACUCCAUAGAAAUAAGUGAAUGCACGAUAGAGUUAAAAGAUUUAGAACAAAAGUCUAAAAACCAAGCAAAAGAAGUAAAACUAUCCUGCGAAAAUCAUAUUCAAGCGGUUAAGGACGAAAUCGGCGAAGUGGUGCAAAAGUUAGCAAAGCAAAUUGCUAAUCUAUCCUCCAAACUGUCUUCGGAUCUAAAAACACUGAAAACUAAAGCAUCAUCUACUGAGAACUCGAUCAAACACAUUUUACAACAACUCAAUGACAACAACAAAUCAAGUGUGUAUAUCUGAACAGGCACUCAUCUCACAGUUUCAAGAAACAAGCCAUCAAGACCCUGCAUCACAACUUUCAACGGUAAUAACGGACUCAAUUGAGUACACGUACACAGCAGCUACGUCAAACAGGUAUCAAACUCUAGUCGAGGAAAAUCGCUCGAUCGUUGCAUGAAUCUAUCCCACCAAACAGGCAAUCUAAUCCAUCAUCUACUAUUACUUCAAGUCUCACUGCUACAAGAACGCAACCACCAAUCUCCCAGCCCAACGAUCAACUUGCUUCUACAUCCUCCUCAAAUCAGAAUCAUGUGUACAACCCAAAUGAGCGAUUAUCAAAGGGACCGGUGCUGUUGUUAGGAGAUUCGAUCAUAAGAGGAAUACAGCAACGCAAGUUCGCCCCAAACCGUUAUGUAAACAAACAAACUAUCGCUGUGGGAACGAGGAAAAUAAGCCAGUACAUCAACCACAUGCAGGAAAGAAAUGAUUAUGAUUACAUUGUAAUCCAUUCCGGUACAAAUCAUGUCGGGAAACUGACCGCAAAUGAAAUCAGAACAAACAUGGAAAACUGGCUUGUCAACCUAAAGCAUAAAUGGCUGAAUAGUACGAUAUAGCAAUUUCAAGACUGACCUACGUCCUACGGGAUAACAGUAAAAAUCAGCUUAUUGAUGAAAUCAACCGUCACUACGAAAGCAUAUGCACAGAUCUAAGUGUGACUUUCAUCGACAACAAAAGAGUAACGUGCGACAACUACGGAAACUUAAUUGAGCAAAUAUUAGGAAUUUCUGCCUCGGAUGUGCCGCUGGGACCACGGAUCCCUUAACCUAUACCAGAGCUACUUCAGCUGAAUUUUGUUUCCCUAUACUAGAGUAGACUCCCCAAAUCCCCCCUAUCCUAGAGUAGAGUAGUUCCAGAAACUACUGAGGUCACUAGCACAGUCUAGCCAAAACAAAACCUUGUACCUUAAAAUCUUCAUCCAACUGAUCAGUUUCCUGAAAAAUGAUACCCUAUUCUAGACCCAAACGUUUUGAUUUAUAUACCCUAUCCUAGAGUAAACUGCUUGAAAACCAUGCCCUUCACAGCGGCAUAUACCUAUAUAGCCCAUAUAUGGCAGUAUGGCAGUACCACUUCCCCCGUAUAACAUACUUUGUUUGAACCUAAAUUUUAUUUUCCUGAAGGGAGCUAAAUUGUUAGGUGGAAACCCCUGCCCCACGAAUGAGGAAACUGUAACAGGUGCCUUAAAUUAUCAACAAGCCCAUACCCAAUUUCUUUCCAUUCGCUGUUAUACGCCGGCUUAACCCUCGGACGUACACGCAAAGUCAUACACCCUCACCGUGGUACAAUGAGCCGCGGGGAGGUUGGGGUUGAUGGAUCCUCCACUUAUUUCGCCUUUGCCUUCAGUGGAAAGCCUUUGACCUUAAUUCUCUACAAUAUGAAGUAUAUUUUAUGCGUGGUGGCACUGCUAAAGGUCUGUGACGUCACCAAACAUGGUAACCAUCUUGCAUUUUUUCAAGAACUAGAAAUCACGUAAAAACAGUGACAGUUAAUAAUUUUUUGUGCUUAACAAGUAAAACAUCACAUAAAUAAUUACUUUGCAUCAUUUUAUCCCGAAGUUUUUCCUUUAUUCCUGAAAAAAGUUGAAAAACAUGCAUUUUCAAUCAAAAAUGGCUUGACCACCUGUUACUUAUGACGUCAUAUCUCGUAUCCAUAGUAACUGACCAUCUUCAAACUUGUCUUAAAAUGCGCGUGAGGGAUAAACGAACAGCUAUAGAAAACUUAAGGUCUCGAUGUUUUAUCGUCUAGGUAAAAAAUCAGAAAAACCUUGUCUCACCUAAUUGCAAAGCAUCGUUAUGAAGACAUCUCCUAUAAUGUAUUACAGAAUGUCUGCAGAUGUAGGGAUAUAACUCACAUUAUUCCCAGCACUUUUCUGGAGCCUGUUGUAAGAGAGGCAUUUUAUAAUCAAUUUUAUACUUAGGCCUAUUCUCCAUAUAUGACUUUCUACUUAUUGUAAGCUAUUUAUGAUGGUAUGAGAGCAUGGUGCAUCAUUUUCAGUGGUGCAUAUUAGGAUUCCCCAGUACCGUUCUUCUAUCCCGUAAUCCCGACCCAAAAUUUCAUGCAAUUCCGUAAUCCCGAGGGUUAUUUUUCCACAUCCCACCUCCCGUGAUGCUUUCAAUCCCGAAUCUUGCCCCUAUUUUUCUUCAAAUCCCGCGUCCCGAGUUUCAAAUAUGGGAAAUUCCAUCGAUCCCGAAAACCUAUUGGGGGCCUUGUAUCAGGCACUACGAGGCCUGGAAUUCGUUAAUAGCUCCAAACUAUGAAGCUUUCCUAAAAAUUUCCACAAAUUUGCGUAGUCACGAUCAUUUUAAAGUGAUGAUCUACCCCAAAAACUUGUGAAAGCCGGUGGCUAUUAAAUGGAGGGGUUACUGAUCUAAAUUUUCCCUCUUCAAAUGUUGUUCAAGUUCGACACUGCCGAGACAACAAAGGCGUAACUAUCUGCGUUACCUCUGCCACAGUUUUGUUGUGAAUAUGGGGCUUGAAUCGCCAGUUUUAAUAAUGUGCCACUUAACACUAUCAUCGAAUCAAAGUCCCUCCAUUUAUAAACCCUCCUAAAACACCUUAAGAAAAUGUAUUUACGCAGGGCUUAUAAGCCGAACUUUACAAUGCGUAAAAAGGCGGUUUAACAACCGAGUGUUAUUAUAAGAAGAUAUAUUUGAUCAAAGAGUAAAUGCGGCCAGUGACAAGAGGAGCCCGCAAUCCUAAUCGCCAUCACGCCUGCACUGUACGUAUUGCAGGCAGCUUCGCUCGGACUUGCACUAAGAAUGCAAUGGAAUGCAGAAGUUGCAAUCUGAUAACGCUCGUCUGGACCUCAGUCUAUCACUCGUUAUCUGAUUACGCCUGAUUUGAUUUUCUAUCACUAAAACUUACGCAAAGCACAGCAUUGGUUGAGCAAGAGCAUCAUGUCAGACCUUCGCUGUCGUCCGCAUUCCAUAACCUUUAGUACAUAAUAUAUCUUUGUUGUCACAUACUGUCCUGCGUAGAGUUCAUUCAAGAUGCAUCUUAACUAAAAUUGUAAUUAACAUUCAGAUAUAGACGAAUGCCAGAUGAGCUCUCACAAUUGUAGCAACAAUGCCAUCUGCAUUAACACCAAAGGUUCCUUUAACUGUAGUUGCAAACCAGGGUAUAGCGGGAAUGGCCACAACUGUUCAGGUGGGUGCUUGCGAAGUUUUAUCUAAUAUUAUUUACUUAGGCUCACCAAUCCUUGUAGAGUCACCGUUACAGCCCACACUGAAUUACUGGGGCUCGUAACAGUUCCUUCCCUCAUGAGAAAUAGACCACCAUACAGUACGUGGGUUGUUCAUCGUCCCAAAGAAUUUAUCUGUGCCAGGAUUGUGAGAUGGGGCCUACGAUUUAUCGUCCUUAUCCGAGAACACUAAAAAGUCUAACCGUUUGCAGAUUUCUUCACCGUGUCUUUUUUUUUUUUACAUUUGUUUACCUUCUAGUUUUGAGUAAUUUUGGUUGUAAAAAAAUAAGUAAAAUAAAAGGCGCACAAGCCCAGAAGAGCUACUAUAUUAUGUAAGCGACUCCUAGAAGUAUAGCAAUACAAUUCUACUGGUAUGAUUUGCUUUACGCCUCGUAUCAUGUUAGAAGCCAAACUUAAAUAUAUGCGGUUCCUUUCUAAUUGGUGCAAAGCAACUUGGCAGCAUUUUCAAAACAAAAAAGUGUUUAUUGUCACAUUAGCAGUCCUUGUAUACUGUUUCAAUAAUCAGACAACCACUUUGUAGAAUUCCUCUAAUACAACAGAUAAUGCACUUUUGCAGCGUUUAUGUUUAUCGGUUCUCGUACCAGCACCUUUAAAUUUACUGGGUUUAACGCUGCAAAUAAUAGCUGUCAUGAAAACGCUUGGUGCAAUAACCCCCAAGGAUCAUUCAAUUGCUCCUGCAAACCAGGGUACGAUGGAGAUGGGCACAAUUGUACAGGUAAAAUCAUCUGCCUGCGUUUGGUUAACGUAUCAUCUUGUAAGUUUAAAAAAAAAUCAGGAAACCUUUUUUUCUUCGGGAGAACGAGAAAACAUAGAGAUAUAGCCGGGGGAGGACAUGUUCUCAGGCUAAACGUGUCUAUUAUAUGAAAUGACGUAUGCUAAUUUCUCCUUGUUUACUGCCGGAUUAUUGCAAUUUUUUUAGUCUCGCUUGCGUAAGCAGCGAGACUCAUAAUCUGCAACGCGUUUUUCGUUAUAUUUAGGACACAAAAAGGGGGUCAUUGUGCCAGGCGUUCCUUGCGGAGACCGUGGAAGCUGGGACUAAGAAUCGUUGCGUGAUCGAAGCCACGCAUGUUUAGCGAAGAAAGUUAGGAAAGAUUCAUAUAAAGCUAUUCCGAAAAGUGUCGGUUCACGAAUUCUAUCACUUGAAAGCGUUGAAUACUUUGGAACAAGUGAACACUAGUGAGUGGUCGAAAAAGAAAAAUAAGAAUCUUAAUUAGCAAAACUGCGAUGGUUGGGUGUUGUAAACUUUUAUUGUAUGGAAAUGAUCUUGUGAUGAGCAUGCGGUUUAUUUUCGGCGACGAUUGAAAUGACGUGCCAUGUAAAUCACUUUUUUGAUCUCUGGCAAUGAUGUUAUUUCUCUGGAAUCGAGGCCCUUGAAUUUUCGUGUAUUCAUACACGCGUAUAGCCUGCGACCGCAGACGUUAUUUCCGGUCGUCGCUAACACACGUACUAAAUCAAUUCAGAAACAAAUAAAAAGUAUCGACGUCGAUAAAGUAGGUAGUAACAAGAAGGCGCUUACAGCGGCAUCUUAUCUCGCCUGCUUCGAGGUUAGAUCGAGAAAUGAGGAGGUGAUUAAUUCUACAAGAAACAUCAUUAACUCGCUAAUUACUUCCUACUUUAUCAACGUCGAUACUUUUUAUUUGUUGCUAAAUUGAUUUAGUACGCGUGUUAGCGACGACCAGAGAUACCUCUCAAGAAGUAGGCUAUAUGCGUGUAUAAAUACACGAAAAUUCAAGGGCGUCGAUUCCAAAGAAAUUACAUCAUUGCCAGAUAUCAAAAAAAUGAUUUACAUGGCACUUCAUUUCGAUCAUCGCCGAAAAUAAAUCGCAUGCUCAUCACAAGACUCAUUUGCAUACAGUGAAGGUUUACCACACCCGACCAUCGCAAUUUUGCUAAUUAAGAUUCUUAUUUUUUUUUCGAGCUCUCAGUAAUGUUCACUUGUUCCAAAGAAAUCACCGCUUUCAAACACGACAAAAAGUCAGUGGGGUAGUUCCAGAAAAAUUGGGUGGGGAUGUGCGGCACGCUUCCUGAAACCCUUACCCUAUUUCAGACCAAAAUCUGUGAUUUUCCCUACCCUAUUUCAGACCUGAUCAAAAAUUUGAUACCCUAUUUCAGACCUGAAGCCCUGGAGCCCAGCGCGUGACCGAAGUGUGUGACAAGCUAUUACGACACAUGCACGGUAGUUGGCAUAAAUAUUAAAAGGGAAAUGGUCUUAUCGCCUAAUGAUGAAGAAGUAGCUAAUUCUUCUCAAAAGCAUAUCCAAUUCAAGACUAGAGUGCGCAAACCAUACCCUAUUUCAGGCCAAAAUGGUCGAAACUGAUACCCUAUUUCAGACCAAAACGGCUGAAAACCAUACCCUUUGGCGCCGCACAUACCCAUAUAAGGGACUACCCCCCCCCCCCGGUGGCGAAAAAUUCGAUGCAGAUUAUGAGUCUCAAUGCUUACGCAAGCGAGCCUAAAAAAACCUUCAGCGAGUAAAUCGUAUUUCGUGUAGAAUUGGCGGCCUCCUCAUUUCUCGAAUCUACUGGUUGUCGUCUUAAAGAUAAAAAAAAAAACCAGGGUCCGAUCGAGUGUAAGAAAAAAAUAUAUAUUUGAUCAAGGAGUAAUUGCGGCCGGCGACAAGAGAAGCCCGCAGUCCUAAUCUCCAUCACGCCUGCACUUUACGUUUUGUAGGCAGCUUCGUUUCGACUUCCACUGAGAAUGCAGUGGAAUUCAGAAGUCGCAAUCUUAUAACGCUCGUUUGGACCUUCUAUCACUCGUUAUCUGAUUACGUCUGAUUUGACUUCCUAUCACUAAAAUUUACGCACAACACAGCGUUGGUUGAGCAAGAGCAUCAUGUCAGACCUUCUCUGUCGUCCCCAUUCCGUAACCUUGAGUAUAUCAUAUAUCUUUGUUGUCACAUACUCUCCUGCGUAGAAUUGAUUCAAGAUGUAUCUUAACUAAAAUUAAUUAUCAUUCAGAUAUAGACGAAUGCCGGUCCAGCGCUCACAAUAAUUGUAGCAGCAAUGCCACCUGCAAUAACACCCCAGGUUCCUUUAACUGUAGUUGCAAACCAGGGUAUAGCGGGAAUGGCUACAACUGUUCAGGUGGGUGCUUGCCAAGUUUUAUAUAAUAUUAUUUACUUAGGCUCGCCAAUCCUUGCAGAGCCACCGUUACAGCCCACACUGAAUUACUGGGGCCCGUAACAGUUCCUUCCCUCAUGAGAAAUAGACCACCACACAGUACGUGGGUUGUUCAUCGUCCCAAAGAAUUUAUCUGUGCCAGGAUUGUGAGAUGGGGCCUACGAUUUAUUGUCCUUAUCCGAGAACACUAAAAAGUCUAACCGUUUGCAGAUUUCUUCACUGUGUCAUUUUUUUGCAUUUGUUUACCUUCUAGUUUCGAAUAAUUUUGGUUAUAAAAAAUAAGUAAAAUAAGAGGCACACAAGCACAGAAGAGCUACUAUAUUAUGUAAGCGACUCCUCGAAGUAUAGGAAUACAAUUCUACUGGUAUGAUAUGCUUUACGCCUCGUAUCAUGUUAGAAACCAAAGUUAAAUAUAUGCGGUUCCUUUCUUAUUGAUGCAAAGCAACUUGGCAGCGAGUUUCAAAACACAUUAGCAGUGCUUGUAUACUGUUCCAAUAAUCAGACGAAGACUUUGUGGAAUUCCUCUAAUACGAGAGAUAAUGCAUUUUUGCAGUGUUUAUGUUUAUGUUUUCGCGUACCAGCACCUUUAAAUUUACUGGGUUUAUUCUUCAGACAUAGAUGAGUGCAACGCUGCAAAUAAUAGCUGUCACGAAAACGCUUGGUGCAAUAACACUCAAGGAUCAUUCACUUGCUCCUGUAAGCCAGGAUACGAAGGAGAUGGACACAGUUGUACAGGUAAAAUCAUCUGCCUGCGUUUGGUUAACGUAUCCACUUGUAAGUUUUAAAAAACUGUGAUCAGUAAACCUUUUUUUAUUCGGGAGAACGAGGAAACAUAGAGAUAUAGCCGGGGGGGACAUGUUCGCAGGCUAAAUAUGUCUAUUAUACUUGACGUAUGCUAAUUUAUCCUUGUUUACUGCCAGAUUAUUACAAUUUUUUAAGUCUCGCUUACGUAAGCAGUGAGACUCAUAAUCUGCAACGCGUUUUUCGUUAUAUUUAGGACACAAUAGAGGGUCAUUGUGCCAGGCGUUCUUUGCGGGGACCGUGGAAGCUGGGACUAAGAAUCGUUGCGUGAUCGAAGCCACGCAUGUUUCGCCAAGAAAGCUUAGGAAAUACAGCUUUUCCGAAAAGAGUCGGUUCCCGAAUUCUGUCGCUUAAAAGCGUUGAUUACUUUGGAACAAGUGAACACUAGUGAGUGGUCGAAAAAGAAAAAUAAGAAUCUUAAUUAGCAAAACUGCGAUGGUCGGGUGUUGUAAACUUUUAUUAUAUGCAAAUGGUCUUGUGAUGAGCAUGCGGUUUAUUUUCGGCGAUGAUUGAAAUGACUGCUAUGUAAAUCACUUUUUUGAUCUCUGGCAAUGAUCACUGUUAUUUCUCUGGAAUCGAGGCCCUUGAAUUUUCGUGUAUUUAUACACGCGUAUAGCCUGCGACCGCAGACGUUAUUUCCGGUCGUCGCUAAAACGCGUACUAAAUCCUUUCAGAGACAAAUAAAAAGUAUCGACGUCGAUAAAGUAGCUAGGUAGUAUCAAGAAGGCGCUUACAGCCGCAUUCCAUCUCGCCUGCUUGGAGAUUAGAUCGAGAAAUCAGGAGGCGAUUAAUUCUACAAAAAAACAUGAUUUACUCGCUAAAGGUUUUUUACUUCCUACUAUAUCGACGUCCAUACUUUUUAUUUGUUUCUGAAUUGAUUUAGUACGCGUGUUAGCGACGACCAGAAAUACCUCUCCAGAAGCAGGCUUUACGCGUGUAUAAAUACACGAAAAUUCAAGGGCCUCGAUUCCAAAGGAAUUACAUCAUUGCCAGAUAUUAAAAAAGUGAUUUACAUGGCACUUCAUUUCGAUCAUCGCCUAAAAUAUAUCGCAUGCUCAUCACAAGAGUCAUUUGCAUACAGUGAAAGUUUACCACUCCCUACCAUCGCAAUUUUGCUAAUUAAGAUUCUUAUUUUUUUUCCGAGCACUCAGUAAUGUUCACUUGUUCCAAAGUAAUCAACGCUUUCAAGCGAUAGAGUUCGUUUCGGACAAGCUCUAAAUUUAAUGAUUCUUUAAUCUUUCCUGAGCUUUAUUCGCAAAACAUGCGUGGCUUCGAUCAUGAAAGGAUUCUUAGUCCCAGUUUCCAAGGUGUCCGCAAGGAACGCCUGGCACAAUUACCCUCGAUCUGUGACCCAAACACGACAAAAAAAGUCAGGGGUACUUCCAGAAAAAUUGGGUGGGGAUGUGCGGCACGCUUCCUGAAACCCUUACCCUAGUUCAGACCAAAAGCUGUGAUUCAGUCCCUACCCUAUUCCAGACCUGAUCAAAAAUUUGAUACCCUAUAUCAGACCUUAAGCCCUGGAGCCCAGCGCGUGAAGGGAGCGCGUGACCGUCUGUUACGGCACGUACACGGUAGUUGGCGUAAACAUUAAAAGGGAGACAAUCUUAUCUCCAA